AUGUGGCAAACAACACUGGUUCCCAGCGUCCUUGCGCUGCUCGAAUUCGUCCCGUUAAGCUCUGCAGCCACCUUCCCGGCCCAGGUACAGCUCAAGCGCAAUGAUGGUGACACCCAACAGGCGGUCUCCCGCCGCGGAUUUCCAGUCCCGAAUCCUACGGAAUCCUAUUGGCAAUCGCCCCCUCACCGCAUCGCCAACCACCGCACUACACCAGAACUCCCCGACCCUUCUACCACUCUGGACUAUAUUAUUAUCGGCUCCGGGGUAACGGGCGCUGCCACCGCUCACAAACUCCUGCUUCGAGACCCCUCGCUUUCCAUCCUCAUGCUCGAGGCAAGGACGGCGGCGUCGGCGGCGUCGGGUCGGAACGGCGGCCAUUGUAGACCUUCGUCUUACAGCAACAUCCAGACAUGGGUAGACAAGUACGGCGAGGACGAGGCGGUCAAACUGGCCAAGAUGGAGCAGGACUGCGUCAACGAUGUGGCCCAGUUCGUAAAGGAAUACGGCGCCAACAGCACUUUCCGCGAGGUUGAAACUGGCACCGUCUACUGGACGAAAGAGGCCUUUGACACGGCUGUUAAGCAAGUCGAGUAUCAGCAGCAGCUGGAGGCGAGGAGGCCCAAUGAAGUGCCCGACAACAAGCGUACCAUCUACAAGGGCGAAGAGGCGCGCACGUACUGGGGCUGGUCGGAAAUCCUGGGCGCAAUUACGUUCAAAGCCGCCACGCAGAACCCAUACCUUACCGUCUGCCAUAUUCUUGAAGUCGCGUUGGAGAAGGGCCUAAACCUCCAAACCAACACCACGGCGCUAUCGCUCGAGCAGAUCCCAGCCGGUGUGGACGGCGACGCGAGGUGGCGCGUCGUAACAGACAGGGGCACCGUGAAAGCCGCCAAGGUGGUGCUGGCGACCAACGCAUACACCAACGCCCUGCACCCCGGGUUCGCAAAGACCAACUUCCUCCUCCCUACACGCAGCCAGGUCUCGGCGGUGCACCCGGAGGCGUGGGACGCCUCGAACCCCGUCUUCCACCGAAGCACGACGUACCCGGACCUGCACAGCGGCAACAACUACAUCGUGGUGAGGGCGCCUGGCGACCCGGGCGAGGGCGACGUCAUCUACGGCGGGUCGCGGCAGGUCUCGGGCCCGCUGCAGGAGAACAACGUGACGGACGACUCGGUCGUGCACGAUUUUAUAAAAUCGAACCUGCAGCGCGUCGGGCGCGUCGCCUACGGCUACAAGAACUGGGGCGAGACGACGCGCCUGGUCAAGGAUUGGUCGGGAAUCACGUGCGACACGCCCGAUGGGCUCCCGCUCGUCGGAGCUGUGCCCGAGGAGGAAGGCCUCUGGGCUGCCGUUUGCAUGAACGGCCACGGCAUGGCGUGGGCGUACCGGAGCGCCGAGGCCCUGGUGCAGAUGAUGGAGAGCGGUGUUGGGGAGGAGGGGGCGCCUGAGUGGUUCCCCAAGGAGGCGUUCAGGGCAAGCAGGGCGUGGGAGUUACCUGGAUGGGAGCCUAACUGGCCUAGGGAUUAG